AAGUGUGUUCAGCAUAAUGGCAUUAUCUAAAUCUUUCCAGAUGGGACAAAUUCCAAUGCUCUGUCAGUUAUGCGAAGAAUCAAGUGAGAUUAAAUGGAAAUGUUUACUGUGUGACUUUCUCUUGUGUACAAAAUGUCAGAAAAUUCAUAAAAAGGUAAAAUCUACCGACCAGCAUACUAUAAUUGAUAUUAAAGACAUUGCUGUGUAUCAAGUCAAGGAUCAACAAGAUUUCAGUCACAUUCCUUGUGAAAUUCAUUGUGGACAACUCUGUUGUUUAUUUUGUCAGACCUGUGAAGAAGUUGUCUGUCCUUUGUGUAUUGCGAACACUCAUAAUAAACAUAGCAUGAUUGAAUUAGCAGAAGGAUAUAAACUAACUCUCAAGACAAUACAAACUUUUAACUCUGAGCUUGAAGUUAAAUUAACAGACUAUGUAAAAGAAAUAUCUAAGCUGCAUUCCAUCAAAGAUUUUGAAGGGGUUAAAUAUGAGACAGGGAAACAAAAGAUUCUGAGUCGAGAAAAAGUCUUGAAGGAAGAAGUUGAAAAGCAUACACAAAAACUUUUAGACGAAUUUGAUCAGAGAAAGGAACAUCUAAAUAAAUCAGUAAAUGAUGAAGAAAUUAAAUCACACAAAACAAAAAGAGAUCUAGAAUUCCGAAAAGAAAGUUUAACAAAAGCCGAAGCUUCUGUCAAAGCUUGUGAUGUUUUCAGUGCAUUUAAAGAGGAAAAAACAGCAAGAAAACAGAACAUAAAACCUGUAAGUACUUAUGUAAAAAGACUGCCCCAGUUUGUACCAGGAAAAUUGAAGAUCCAAAAGGCACUACACGGAGAACUAACUGAGCCUGAUGAUGAUUAUGCACAUGAACAAUUUGAAGCUAAAGUUAAAGAACAGUAUGAAACUGGACUAAAACUUGUUGAAUUUUUGGUUUGUGGUAAUGCUGGAACAUUGUGGAUAGGUUAUACUAAAGACAAAAUCAUACAGAAAAUACAACUAUCAAAUGGAAUGUUAAAUAUUGUACAGGAGAUACAGGUACAUUGUGCUGGUAUGGCAUUAUUACAAACAGGAGACCUGCUUAUAUCUGCUGCAGAAUCAAAUCUUAAAAUACUUUCUCAUACCACUGGAAUAUUAACUAAUUCAAAGUAUAGCGUUGAACCCUUAAUCACUGGUGGGGUCCAUUUGAUCGGGAAUGAAAAGGUUGUAAUUAGAGCCAGAAAGAAAGGACCGGUUUUCCCUGUUAAAGGUCCACAACAUGUUGUUUUGAUGGAUAUAGAUGGAAAAAUAGAGAAGGUGUAUGAUUCAGACAACAAUGGGAAACCUAUCUUUACUGCUCCGCAAAAAAUAACAACAGACACUGACAAUAACAUUUAUGUUUUGGAUACUUUAAAUACAGAGUGGAAUGGUAGGAUAGUGGCUUUAGAUAAAACCAUUGGAGUGAGCUGGAUAUAUAGUGGUCAUCCAGAUAUCACCAAAGAAACAUUCAAACCACGAGAUCUAAUCAGUACACAAUUAAACAAUAUUAUCAUUACAGAUAUGUGUAGCGACAUGAUUCAUAUCCUCAACAUUUCAGGAGAGUGUAUUCAUUACCUAAAUACUAGGGAUCAGUUAGGUAUUGUGUUACCAUGCUCUGUGGGCAUUGACAAUACAGGAACACUGUACAUUGGUUGCAAUACAACUAAAACAAAUAAAACCAAUUUAUAUGCUGUUCAUUUUUCCGGAUUCUGA